GCGAAAAUCAAAACCCUCCUUUGUCAUAGAUUGCAAAAGGCGUAAAAUAAAAUAGACACGCAUACAUAGUGGCGCCCCAAUGGAUCCGAUCCAAGCAGCCAAUGAGCUCGCUUUCCGGGUCGGGUUCUCCGGCCACAGCGGCCACCUCCGAGUGGAGCCGCUCUCCACGGUGGAGCGUCGCAACCCGCUACGGUCCAUUCCCGAUUUCAUUCCGCCACCUGCCUUUCCUAGGGAGACUCCUGAAUCUAUAAAGAAGUACAUAGAAGAGACAUAUCUCCAGCCAAGAUUGGAUCCUGAUGAAUUUUCACCUGAAAAAGUUGGGAGGCAGUGGGAAUUUGAUUGGUUUGACAGGGCUGAAGUUCCUCUAGAGCCAUCAUUACCCCGAACUAUGGUAGUUCCAGUCUGGGAACCACCGUUUCGACGUUCAAACCAUGGAUCAGUGAAAGGAAUCUGGGAACCAAAAUUUGAGGAGGUGGAUGUAUCAGAUCUGACAUCAGGAGCUGUAGAAUCUGGGUCAUUACCACGCACAUCUGGAAAGGACUUUGUUAGGGGAAGCAUCAGUAAUCGUCCUUUCCGUCCAGGAGGUUUGGAUGAUUCCCGAAGUUUAGAAAGAAUUCUUCCAGAAGGUGCUUCUAAUGGUGAAUGGGUGCGUGAAAUUUUGAUUGGUGGUCCUGCUCAGACAAUUCCUCCGAGCUUAAAGCAAGGAUUGGACUUAGGCAUGCUCAAGCCCUAUCCGUGCUCCUGGAAUGUGUACAAGGAAGCUAACUCACUCAAGAGUUCAUCGGAUGAAAAAUUGAGUGGAUUAUCCGUACAGUUUGAUGACUUAUUUAAGAAGGCUUGGGAAGAGGAUGCUGUUGGAGAACAAGAGGAAGAUGGUCAUUCAUCAGAAGUGGAGACUGUUAUAUUGGAAGCUGAAGUUGGUACGGUUGAGGUAUCCAGUAAAGCACCUGAGAGUGAACUUUCACUUGAUGAUAUUUUGUCAGCUAACUCGGAAGGAUCAAAACUGCAUCUGGAUGGAUUUAGUGAUGAAAUUGGACAGCAGAAGAGGGAAGCUUGGGCUAUGCAUGAAACCAGUGAGCGAAUUGUAGAUUGCUUUCAAGAACUUGUUCCUGACAUGGCACUAGAGUUUCCCUUUGAAUUGGAUGCAUUUCAGAAGGAGGCUAUUUAUUAUCUUGAGAAGGGAGAAUCUGUUUUUGUGGCUGCUCACACAUCAGCUGGAAAGACUGUAGUUGCUGAAUAUGCAUUUGCUUUAGCAUCAAAACAUUGCACUAGAGCUGUGUAUACUGCUCCAAUAAAAACCAUCAGCAAUCAGAAAUAUAGAGAUUUCUGCGGCAAGUUUGAUGUUGGGCUUCUUACUGGUGAUGUAAGCUUGAGGCCAGAAGCUUCUUGUCUCAUCAUGACCACAGAAAUUUUAAGAUCAAUGCUCUACCGGGGUGCUGAUAUUAUACGAGACAUUGAAUGGGUUAUAUUCGAUGAGGUGCACUAUGUCAAUGAUGUUGAAAGAGGAGUUGUUUGGGAAGAAGUAAUUAUCAUGCUUCCAAGACAUAUCAAUAUAGUUCUCCUUUCUGCCACGGUUCCCAAUACUAUUGAAUUUGCCGAUUGGAUUGGCAGGACAAAGCAAAAGGAAAUAAGGGUAACAGGGACAACAAAAAGACCUGUCCCAUUGGAGCACUGCCUGUUUUAUUCUGGAGAACUUUACAAAAUUUGUGAAAGUGAAACAUUUAUGCCUCACGGAUUGAAAGCUGCAAAAGAAGUUUCAAGAAAAAAGAAUUUGACUUCUGUUGGUGGUUCCGGAACAAAGUCGGGUAUUUCAGCAGGUCAUGACAAUACUCGAGUUCAAAAACGGGAAAACACAUCUCGAGUGAAACAUCAUGGAGCUAAUUACUCUGGAACUGGUAGAGGCCAUCAGAAUAAUAGCAAUGGCCAGAAUAAUUGGGAACUGAGGAGAAAAGAUGCUUCAAUGUGGUUGAUGCUUAUCAACAAACUCUCCAAAAAGUCAUUAUUGCCAGUGGUUAUUUUUUGUUUUUCUAAGAAUCGCUGUGAUAAAUCAGCCGAUGGUAUGACUGGAACUGACCUUACUAGUAGCAAAGAGAAAAGCGAGAUCCGACUUUUCUGUGACAAAGCAUUUUCACGGCUGAAGGGAUCAGACAAAAAUCUACCACAGGUUGUUCGAGUACAGAAUCUUCUUCGCAGAGGUAUUGGUGUACAUCAUGCUGGCCUUCUUCCAAUUGUAAAGGAAGUUGUUGAAAUGCUAUUUUGCCGUGGGGUUAUCAAGGUCUUGUUUUCAACAGAGACAUUUGCAAUGGGAGUCAACGCACCUGCUAGAACAGUAGUCUUUGAUACCCUCAGAAAGUUUGAUGGCAAGGAAUUUAGGCAGUUACUACCAGGGGAAUAUACUCAAAUGGCAGGUCGUGCUGGCAGAAGAGGACUUGAUAAGAUUGGUACUGUUAUUUUGAUGUGCCGUGAUGAACUCCCAGAAGAGAGUGAUUUAAAGCAUGUCAUUGUUGGAAGUGCAACUCGUCUUGAAUCUCAAUUUCGGCUUACCUAUAUUAUGAUUCUACAUCUUCUUCGAGUUGAGGAAUUAAAGGUAGAGGACAUGCUUAAAAGAAGUUUUGCGGAAUUCCAUGCUCAGAAAAAACUUCCAGAAAUGCAACAGCUGUUGAAACGAAAGCUUGAUCAGCCCACAAAGGCUAUUGAAUGUAUAAAGGGUGAACCAACCAUUGAAGAAUACUAUGAUUUAUAUUCAGAAGCUGAGUCAUAUGGCAACCAAAUAUCAGAGGCAAUUUUGCAGUCUCCUAGUGCGCAACAAUUUCUCAAUACUGGAAGAGUUGUAAUUGUAAAAUCUGAAUCAGCACAGGACCACUUGCUUGGAGUGGUUGUGAAGACUCCUUCUCCAAAUAAUAAGCUGUACAUAGUUUUUGUGAUUAAACCUGACAUGCAGUCCUCAGUGGAAAAUGCCUCUAGUAGCAGUAGUUUGCAGAAUAAAAGCGGUGCAUUUGACCAAGGUUAUUUUGUAAUGCCAAAAUCAAGACGUGGUGUUCUAGAUGAAUAUAGUACAUCUGUUUCUUCUCGCAAAGGAAGAGGCGUCAUCAAUAUCAAAUUGCCCUAUUGUGGCUCUGCCUGUGGAAUGGGCUAUGAAGUCCGAGAAGUUGACAGUAAAGAGUUCCUGUGCAUAUGCAGUAGCAAAAUUAAAAUUGAACAAGUUGGACUUCUUGAAGAUGUUAACAGUUCUGUUUAUUCAAAGACUGUUCAGAUGCUCCUGGAUUUGAAAUCAGAUGGAAAUAAGUAUCCUCCAGCUUUGGAUCCUGUGAAAGAUCUGAAGUUGAGAGAUGUGAAACUUGUGGCAAUAUACCAAAAGUGGACUAGACUAUUGGAGAAGAUGUCCCAGAAUCACUGUCAUGGGUGUAUAAAAUUGGAAGAACACCUCAAAUUGGCGAAGGAGAUAAAAAAGCACAAAGAAGAAGUCUAUGCUCUUCAGUUUCAGAUGUCAGAUGAAGCACUUAAACAGAUGCCUGAUUUUCAGGGCCGGAUAGAUGUUCUGAAGGAAAUUGGAUGCAUUGAUGAAGACCUCGUUGUUCAAAUGAAAGGUCGUGUUGCUUGUGAGAUGAACUCUGGGGAGGAGCUGAUAUGUACCGAGUGCUUGUUUGAGAACCAAAUGGAUGAACUGGAACCAGAAGAAGCAGUGGCGUUAAUGUCAGCUUUUGUGUUCCAGCAGAAGAAUACGUCCGAACCUUCACUCACACCCAAGCUGUCUGAAGCGAAACACAGAUUGUACAAAACAGCCAUAAGACUUGGAGAGCUCCAAGCGCGGUUUAAUCUACCAAUAGACCCUGCUGAGUAUGCCCAAGAAAAUCUCAAAUUUGGUCUCGUUGAAGUGGUUUAUGAAUGGGCAAAGGGUACUCCGUUUGCUGACAUAUGUGAGCUUACUGAUGUUCCUGAAGGCCUAAUAGUAAGGACCAUUGUCAGGUUGGACGAGACAUGUCGGGAGUUCAAAAAUGCUGCAGCUAUUAUGGGUAACUCUGCUCUCUGCAAAAAGAUGGAAGUUGCUUCUAAUGCAAUAAAGCGUGACAUUGUAUUUGCAGCUAGCUUGUACAUUACUGGCGUAUGAUCAUUAAUCUUGAACAUGCUAAUGUUUAUUCGAGCUCUAGGAUAGAUAGAUGCAUAUCGAGUGAUUCUUUGUAUAUAAUUAAUUCCUUGCAUAAUUUCUGUGCUACUUAAAUUUGCAACUAACCUUUUCUUCUUGUAACUUAAAUUUUUCUUUUACAAUCUUUUUAGAAAGAUUUCAUUGUUGAUCUCGUCCUGGGGAAUAAUCGUUGGUCACUUAGCAGUUCACUAUGUUCUA